GGUAAAUAGCAAGCACAGGAGGAAGUUGUUGUCAGUUAUCAGCUCUGUAAGCAUAAGCCAUUUAGGAAUAUGUGUUUACUUUUCAGUGAUAAAGACAGUAAACUUUGAAAAAUAACUCUGGAGGAGGCCGUCGCAUUGUUAGAGCUGUAUCUGGUUGUAAUGGUACUUUCGUUUUCCUGGGCAAUCUAUUUUAUUUUCGUGUCGAAGCCUUUGCUUGGCAAGACUUAGCUAGCCAAGAGGUUAGCCGAUGGCUCGAUGACAGAGAAGGGAGUAGAAGAGUUUGGCUAAGCAGCAAGAAGCUAGCCUCGCUCUGAACCCAGAGAGAUGGAUUUCUCCAAGUUCCUGGAUGAUGACUUUGAUGUGAAGGACUGGGUGAACGGCGCCUUCAAGGUGGUACAGAAGGAGGCUCCAGGGAAAGCGGACACCCAUGCAGCAACACUGGUCAUGAAGCUGCAGCUCUUCAUCCAGGAGGUCAACAAUGCCAUCGAGGAGUCCAGUAAUCAGGCCCUCCAAAAUAUGCCCAGAGUGCUACGAGACGUCGAAGCCUUGAAGCAGGAGGCGUCGUUUCUAAAGGAGCAGAUGGUCCUGGUGAAGGAGGAUAUAAAAAAGUUUGAACAAGAAACUGUCCAAUCCAUGCAGGUCCUGGUAGAAAUAGAUCAGGUGAAGACUCGAAUGCAGCUGGCUGCUGAGGCCCUGCAGGAGGCGGACAAAUGGAGCACCCUGAGCGCAGACAUAGAGGAGACCUUUAAAACUCAGGACCUGGGAGUUAUUUCGUCUAAGCUGACCAGCAUGCAGAACAGCCUGGCUAUGCUGGUGGACACUCCAGACUAUUCUGAGAAGUGUGUCCACCUGGAGGCUCUGAAAAACAGACUGGAGGCCAUGGCCAGUCCACAGAUAGUAGCAACCUUUAACUCCAUGUCUCUAGACCAGGCUAAGCUGUUUGUCAAAGUCUUCACAGAGAUCGAUAGAAUGCCCCAGCUGCUGGCGUACUACUAUAAGUGUCAUAAGGGCCAGUUAGUGAGCAUAUGGCAGGAUCUCUCUCAAAGCGAGCUCAGUCUGAAUCAGCAGCUCUCUGAAUUCUACGACACUCUGCUCUCCACUUGGCAUGCACAGGUUCAGUGGAGCAGCCAGGUGUUUAAGAAUCCAUACGAAGUGGUGACGGUUCUGCUGAUCCAGACGCUGGGGGCUAUGGUGCCGUCCAUCCCUGUGUGUCUGAGCACAGCCGUGGAGAGGGCGGCUCAGGAGCAGCGCCUGGACACUCUGCUGGAACUCCACCAAACCACAUCCACCUUUGGCCACGGCUUGGAGGCUGCAAUGCUUCCACAUCUAGGUGACAAUAACCUGCUGAAGGUGACUGAGCUGGUCAGUGCGCUUUACGACCCCUACAAGUCCUACCAGCUGCAGUAUGGAGAGCUGGAAGAAGAUUACCUCCUCAUUCAGAUCAGCGCAAUUCCUUUGGAACACGGGGAGGUUAUUGAUUGUGUAGAAGAACUCAGCCACUCUGUAGGCAAGUUGUUUGGCCUGGCGAGUGCAGCCGUGGAGCGCUGUGUCAGACUGACUGAUGGACUCGCCGUGUGUGGGCUCCUUAGAGCUCUCAAAGCUCUCUUCACCAAGUAUGUGUCCGACUUCUCUACCACGCUCCAGUCGAUCAGGAAGAAGUGCAAACUUGAGGAGACGCCGAGUUCUUCUGUUUUCCAGGAGGACUGGACAGCCUUCCAGAACUCAGUCCGGAUCAUUGCCACGUGUGGAGAAUUGCUGCGACAGUGCGGGGCUUUUGAGCAGCAGCUGUCAAACAAGAUCCUGGGCACAGCAGGUAAGUACUUAUCAGAGUCUUAUAGCCCACGCAGCCUGGCUGGCAUCCAGGAGGCCAGCUCCGCAGACAGGAAAAGCACCAUUAAAAACCCAUGGCAGGAGUACAACUACCUUCAGAGGGGAAAUGUAGCUGAAUAUAACAACUUGAUGGAGAUCCUAUACUCAUUAAAGGAAAAGGGCACGGGCAACUCCAGCCUGUUGGCUGAACCCAGAACAGCUCUAACCAGACUCAAUCAGCAGGCCAACCAGCUGGCCUUCGACUCCGUCUUCCUGCAGAUCAAACACCAGCUCUGCCUUGUUUCCAAGAUGGAGGAAGCUUCUGGUAUUGGAGAGAGUUACACCGAAGACCUGCCUACUUUCAGCCUGUCACCACAAGAAUAUAUCGCCAAUAUUGGACAGUACCUAAUGUCUCUGCCACUUCACCUGGAGCCUUUUGUGACACAAGAGGACCCUGCACUAGAGAUGGCCUUACAUGCUGGGAAGCUCCCUUUCCCUCCAGAGCAAGGCGAUGACCUUCCUGAGUUGGACAACACAGCAGACUACUGGCUGGGCUCCAUCGCUAGAGCAACCAUGCAGACGUACUGCGAUGCCAUUUUGCUCAUCCCUCAACUUUCCCCUCAUUCCACAAAACAGCUGAUCACAGAUAUUGAGUAUCUGAGCAACGUUAUGGAUGCUCUGGGCCUGCAGCCAUCCCGCAACCUGCAGCACAUCGUCACUCUGCUGAAAGCUAAACCUGAAGAGUACAGACAGACGGCCAAACUCCUGCCUCGGCGCCUUGCCUCUACCAUCGCCGCGCUCCGCUCCAUCGACUACUAACCACAGUUAAGGCGGAGAAGGACUAUUAAGGCUGUACUACUUGUAUUGGGAGCAAAAUACAGAAAGAGAUGUCAACAGCAGUUGCUUUACAUGUUACUGUUCUCAUUGGUGAUGAUUCUCUCUGUAGUUUGUAGCAUUUUUGGAAGUUUUUAUUCAGAUGGGAACAGAAGCAGCUGAAAUACUUACCUAAGCCAAGUUUAACUUAACUGUUCUGUUUACGGUAAGGAUGCCUUCAAUUUAAGCCAAAAAAUAAAUAACUGCAUCUUCAAUAUAAAUGGAUUGGAUCCUAUUUACUAAAUUUAUAAAGUGUGUGUGUGUGGGGAGGGGGGCUGAUGAGACCACAAACUCUACUAAGUCUUUAUACCUAUUGAACGCUUUCAUGCUUCUGUAAUUGAUCUGGCCUAUUUAACUGGACAGUUUUGGUUUGCUGUAUAAUUUCCCCUUUUGGGUUUAUUAUGAAAUAAGUCUUUUGUUUAACUAUGUUUAAAAAUAUAUAUAUAUUUGUGGGAGUCAUUUUUUAUGUUUUGGAUGGAGGGCGUGAAAGGCUUAAUAUGAUUGUCUCCAUGUUUGAUCGAAAGGGUUUUUUAUGUAAUGUUGGAAAAUCUGUCAAAUAAAAAUCUGAUUAAACUAUA